AUGCCGUCCUUUUCGAGCGAAUCCUACCAGACGGCUACGGCGACCACCACCACGACCCAUCCUCCCCGCUCGUUCGAAUCUCCACAUCGCAAGUCUCACGACAAAAGCUCCGUCGGAAACACCUUCCUGUGGACCAACUGGCCCAACGGCGACGCAAACCACGACUCCCACCAGAAUGAUCGCCCAGUGAUCACCAAUCUAAAGAACGGUAGCGCAUAUUCUCUGAAUGGCACCCGCUCCAGCAUCGGCUCCUAUACGCGCGACCUCCCGCACUCCAAGGACGGCAGUAUGCACUCGCUAGGCAAUGGCUCCAUCAGGGAUCCCCGAGACAAUGCUCGGCCAUCAGCCAUGUUGGAUCGUAAACCCUCGGAUGCUGGACCUGGAGCAGGCUCUGCGAUGGUGCCGACUUCAAAUCAACAGGUCAAUGGUAGCACUACGAGCUGGAGCCACCGAUCUGCGCCGGGGAAGACGAUGGUCAACGGUGAUUCUCACUGCCCCUCCGCAGAUGAAACCGCAGUCUCAGAUCGGGCUACAAGCCCAUCGACUUCCCUACUGCAGAUUCCCAAUUCCGAUGACACCGGUCGUCACUCUCCAGAUCCGGAUCGAUUGACACCGGGACCAAACUCCAGUCAUCACCACUACUCCUCCCCUCCCGCUCCCUCCUCUCCCGAUCCUACCCUCAUGCCAGAAUCACAGCAGUCCAGUCUGCGGCAUCGACACUCGCUACAAGUUCCAAGAGCCCCCAGUGGUCGGCGAAACAGCCGCGACCAAGGCGAAGAUAUCGCUUACGCUACCGGCCGACUCUCCCCCCCCUCGCCCGGAACGCGCCGCACAUCAUUCAGCCUGAUUCGACGUUCAACAAGAGCACAGUCAGAAUCCGUGGAUGAAACAGUACCGGAUGAGGAAGCCGCUCGCUGGGCGGAGGCUAUCAAACAAAAGCGAGCAUCACGGCGACGGCGCGAGGAUGAUGAUGACGAACGAGUGAUAGUCGGUACCAAAGUUGACCAGAAUCACGUCAACUAUGUUACCGCAUACAACAUGUUGACGGGUAUCCGGUUUACGGUCUCCCGGAUCAAUGCAAAGGUUGACCGGGAGCUGACCCCCGCAGACUUUGACGCUAAACACAAGUUCUCAUUUGAUAUCACCGGCAACGAGUUGAUCCCCUCCGCAAAAUACGACUUCAAAUUCAAGGACUAUGCGCCGUGGGUGUUUCGACACUUGCGCGCAAAGUUCAACAUCGAUCCUGCCGACUACCUAAUGUCUUUGACCAGCAAGUAUAUCCUGUCCGAACUGGGCUCGCCCGGGAAGAGUGGCAGUUUCUUCUACUUCUCGCGCGACUACAAAUACAUCAUCAAGACCAUCCACCAUUCCGAGCACAAGCUCCUGCGGAAGAUCUUGCCGCUGUACUAUAAUCAUGUGCAAGAGAAUCCCAACACCUUGAUCUCGCAGUUCUACGGUCUACACCGAGUGAAGAUGGCGUACGGCCGCAAGAUCCACUUCGUCGUUAUGAACAACCUGUUCCCUCCACACCGCGAUAUUCACCAAACGUUCGAUCUGAAAGGCUCGACCGUUGGCCGUGAUCUGCAGGAGUCUGAUCUGGAGCGGAACCCACGGGCGACCAUGAAAGAUCUGAAUUGGGUUCGGAGAGAUCGCCAUCUGCAGUGUGGACCUGAACGACGAUUUGACUUUAUCGAGCAAUUAACCAAGGACGUGGAACUGCUCAAGAAGCUCAAGAUCAUGGAUUAUUCCCUACUUGUUGGCAUUCACGAUGUUGAGCGCGGCAACGAAGAGAAACUCCGUGACAAGACGCUUCAGGUCUUCCAACCCGGUGGCGAUCGUGAAGAGGAGGCCAAGGGUAACAUGCUGAUGCGGACGCCGUCGAAACUCGAGAACGAACGCAAGGCUCGUGAACUGCGCAUGCUGAUCAAGCGUGAGCGACCAGUGCCCUUGGACAAAUCCGCGGCCAAGAUGCCAGAAGAGGUUCUAGAUUCGCGGAAAAUGAAUCUCAAAUUCUACUCUGACGACGGCGGGUUCCGCGCCACCCGCGAGGACGGUUCCUUUGGCGACGAGAUUUACUAUCUUGGCAUCAUUGACUGUCUCACGCACUACGGUAUGGUCAAGAAGAUUGAGAAUUUCUUCAAGGGCCUCUCGCACGAUCGGACUCAAAUCUCUCCGAUUCCACCAGAGAACUAUGGAGAUCGAUUUGUGAAAUUUGUCAAGGGCAUUACCAUGUCAAAAGAAGAAGCCGAGCGGCGACGUGAGUCGCAGGCUUCAGCUAGAGUAGUGAAUGAGAAGCGUCAGUCCCGGUCUUCCUCUGUCGAGCGCACCAUGCAGGCAGCCGAGAAGGAGGCGGCGAAGGAUGUAUCGGUGACGCACCCUCGCACCCUGGCCACUGUGUGGGAUCCCGCAGAUGCAGCCGGUCCCGGCCCAACCUCUACCCUACCCAUCGUUGAUGAAGCUGGCGAAGCUAGCAGCGUCGGCGGUCACAGCUCGCACAGCCGACAGGGUCGUCGAUUGUCUGAUAAGGAUCUUCCUCCCGUGCCAACCGACGAGCACCCACCAACCUCUACCAAGGGCAAGGAAAUUGACCGAGGCGAAGACUACCUCGCGAACAAGCGCCGGUGA